UUUUCAGCAUUUUCAUCACAGAGAAUUAAGUUUGUUGCAAGUGUGCUUCAGCAUCUAUAGGAACUGUAUGCCGACAGACUCGAAAUUGUCUAAGAGAAGAGCUUUUCUCUCUAUAUAGAGACAUUCUAGAAUGUUUGAAAUAACAGCUUGGAGUCUUCUACUAAAACUAGAUAGGAUACAAAAAUGUCAGUGUAUAGUGACGUAACAGAGUUUAUAUGAUGACAGUCCUUUAUGGAGAAAUAAAAGGAAUAUGUUUUCUCCGCAUGUUAUCAUAUUAGUUGUUUCAAGUCCUCUGAGGCUUCGGUCAUGUCCAGACCCGAAUCCUAUGUUCAUAUUGUCUGAUAGACUCAUUCAAACAUUUCUUUCAACGUCUGCUCGUCGGUGGUGUUUACCUGAACAGUGCUGGAUAUUUUUUCAGUGCAUUGCUGACUUUCAAAGAUAUACAUACAUACAUAAAUAUAUAUAUAUAUAUAUAUAUAUCUCAAACUUGAACGAAAAUAAAGUAAUGGCAGACAACGAUGUAAUUAUGAUUGAAGGAGAGUUAGUUAACGGGACACUUAACGCAGGUAACGAACAGAGUGCUAGCGUUAAUAACGAACCUGAGACCGAAGAAGACGUUGCUGAGCAUAAUCGUCGAAGGAGAGUAUUUGUGGGGAACCUCUCUUACCGUACUCCCUGGCAAAUUCUGAAAGACCAUAUGCGGCAAGCAGGGUCGGUAAUUCGUGCGGAAGUCUUUUUAGACAGUCUUGGACGCUCGGCAGGUUGUGGUGUCGUUGAAUUUGAAACUGAAGAGUUGGCACAAAUGGCAAUAGCGAAGUUGAACGACUCCAUUUUGGAUGGAAGACCAAUAUUUGUUCGAGAAGAUCGCGAAAAUUCCUCUUUGCGUCACAAUACACCUUUUCAAAAGUCGGAGCGUCGAAAAAUAGUUUUACGGAAUCUUCCCAUGUCAGCUAAGUGGCAAGAUUUGAAGGACUAUUUUUCAAAAUACGGUACUAUAAUAAGAGCUGAUGUGAAAAAGACGCAUGACGAAAGAGUAACGAAGAUGGGUACCAUAUUAUUUUCGAAAGAGACAGAGGCGGAAGCAGCUAUAGCAGCAAUGAAUGGAAAAGAGUUUCAAGGGCAUAUUUUGCAUAUUCGGAUGGAUCGAUUUGUUUGACUUGUGCAAUGUUACUCUUUGGUUCUGAUUGUCUCAUUUGUUGAUUAAAGUCGUAAUCACAAGAAUAAACGUUAUUGACUGGAA